AUGGGGCACUGCCAAGAUAUCGAGGGUGGAGCGGGUGAGAGCUCAGAUCAGCGGGCAGGUUGUCAGCAGAUACAGCAUUACGGAAUAGCCCUGAAGGGCUAG